UUCUUUGAUAUCUCAAUGCACUGGUACAUUCUUAUUUUUUACACAAAAUGUCUCCUUUAAAGGAAUGAUGCAAUCAAUGCACAUGUACAAACAACCAAAAAAAAACUGUUACAGUUUAAUGUCACUACUUAGUGCUUAACAUCAAGCAAGGUCAUUUCACUUCUCAGAUCUAAAGUUCGAGCUCAAUCUACUCCUAUAAGACGCUGAGCCGUCGAGUUUCCCCAGAGUCCAUGUGCAUACGGUUGACCCCAAAACCCGGAUACAGAAGACCAAUCAGAUAGUGGAUCUUGCAUCAUGUGGUAUAGACAGGAGGCUUGGGCUAUGUGAGGCUAUGCUUCUACUCUUUCGUCCAAUAGACGCUCGCUCUCACCUAUGUUCAAUGCCCCGCCUCUAGUUAGCAACGCUGACUCCCUUCAAUGCCCUCUUCUUUUUCACCUCACCCGGUUGCUAUAGAAACAGCGGCCUCGCCGCCUCAUGCGCCGCUGCUGCCCGGUAUUGUUUGUAAACAGCCCCGGGGACCCACCUCCCUCAUCUUCCUCCUCCUGCCUCCGCCCACCGGAGCCUCCCCCAUCCAAGAUGGCGGCGGGUGGGAGCGGCGGCCUGUCGUUUCCCGGGGUGGUGGGGAACAGCGCCCCCAGCAACCGCGGUGGCUCCUCGGCCUCCUCCUACAACUAUAGCGGCGGGGUUGGGGCCUCGUCCCUCGGGAAUCAGGCAGCUGCUGCAGUUUCAGCGUCUGGAGUUUCGCCUCCUUCUGCACCACCUCCGCCUCCUCCUGGUGCUGCCGCCGGCCUGCUCCGAGAGCCCGUGUACAACUGGCAGGCCACCAAAACCACGGUGCGUGAGAGGUUCACCUUCCUCUUCAACAACGAAGUGCUCAGCGACGUCCACUUCCUUGUGGGAAAGGGUUUGGGAAGCCAGCGGAUCCCGGCGCACAGGUUUGUGUUGGCAGUGGGAAGUGCAGUCUUUGAUGCCAUGUUUAAUGGUGGAAUGGCUACAACCUCCACAGAAAUAGAAUUGCCAGAUGUUGAACCUGCUGCAUUCCUUGCUUUAUUAAAGUUUCUGUACUCUGAUGAAGUACAGAUCGGUCCAGAGACUGUAAUGACAACUCUAUACACGGCCAAGAAGUAUGCUGUACCUGCCCUGGAGGCCCAUUGUGUGGAAUUUCUGAAGAAGAAUCUUCGAGCUGACAAUGCUUUCAUGUUGCUUACACAGGCUCGCCUAUUUGAUGAACCUCAGCUUGCAAGCCUUUGUCUGGAGAACAUUGAUAAGAAUACCUCAGAUGCCCUAAAUGCAGAAGGUUUCACUGACAUCGAUUUAGAUACACUAGUUGCUGUGCUAGAGCGGGACACCCUUGGAAUACGAGAAAUUCGACUUUUUAAUGCAGUUGUGCGUUGGUCAGAAGCAGAAUGCCAGCGACAACAACAUCCUGUUACCUCUGAGAACAAGAGAAAAGCUCUUGGCAAAGCAUUGUCUCUUAUUCGCUUUCCUCUAAUGACCAUUGAGGAGUUUGCAGCAGGCCCUGCGCAAUCUGGAAUACUGACUGACAGGGAGGUUGUCAGCCUUUUCCUGCAUUUCACUGUAAACCCAAAACCCCGAGUAGAGUUUAUAGACCGACCACGAUGUUGUUUACGAGGAAAGGAAUGUAAUAUCAACCGUUUCCAGCAGGUGGAGAGUCGCUGGGGCUACAGCGGGACUAGUGACAGAAUAAGAUCAUCCACACAGACAGCAAUACAGUUCUUGGUCAGAAUGACACUGGUUUUAGUUGUGAUGGAUCCUCCAGCACCUUUAGAGUCAUGUUUAAAGAACCAGUAG